AUGAAUUUGAUUAACGUUAAUGUUACCAUAACGGGAAUUGAAGUCACAUAUUCUGAUGGUUCACCGUCGCGUUGGCCAACAGAAAUUACGCCGCGACAAGAUGGGUAUGGUAAUAUUAGUUAUUAUCGACCCAUAAUAGAACCAUCGGAUAAAAAAUUGCAAUUAUAUUUAACAAAACUUGGAGAGGCUUUAGCUAAAGUGUUGUACAAGGAUUCUGGCAUAGAAGUUAGUAAUAGUGUUCUAACACAAUUACCAAAUGGAUACAAGCUAUUUGAACAUAUUAAGCAACAACAUAAAUCUGGUGAUAUUAGAAAAGAUACCUACCUUUUUGGUGGUGGAGUCGAUUCUGGUAUAAAAUUUCGUUCACCCAAUGAAUUCAUUGACCAUUUGUUAUGGCUCGCGUCCGAUAAAACUUCUCCAUGUACUUGUAAAUACUGUGGUGGUAAAACUUAUUCUAGUAAAACAAUGGUAAAAUCGCAAGAACAAGCAAGAUUUCGACGUGGAGAAUUGGUUUGGGCUACUAAAGAUCAGAUCUUGAAAACUGAUGAAAAAGAUACAUUGGAUUGUAUCAAGUUUUGGCCGGCCGUGGUUAUUGAGCGUAUAGUUGUACCACCUCAUGUCCUGUAUACAUUACAACGAAUCUCACUGGAUGGAACGUUGAAGGUUCGCCAAAACAAGAUGAUGCCGUGGCUGGCACUUGAUCCGGCAGAUCUUAUGAAACAAUUUGAUAAUCAAGAUAUGACAGAUGAUGCUUCACUCUUUUCAAAAUUUCUCAGAGCAGUCAAUCACGCAAAGGAAAUGGCCUCAAUGUACACACCAAUUAUUAAAAAUGAAUAUGCAUUAAAUUGCAUAAUAUUUGGAGCCGAAGUGUUAAAGGUGAACGAUUAUGUUAGAUUGACGUAUGAGAAGCUUAGCGAUUUAGAAAUGAUGCAAUUACCAGUGUUUAAAAUCACAUCAAUGUCUUUAAAUGAACAUAAUAAACUUGAGAUGAGGGGUGACAUGUUUUUGAAAAUGCCCACGAAUGGUACACCUGGAACAAAGUUGAUUAGGACGAACACCGAACAAACAGAGUAUCCACUUGAUUUGACGCAAAUAGCCGGUCGAUUCUACAUGAAUUAUCCAAAUAUUACACGAUCUGCAACACCAACUAUACUUACAACAUUAACGGAUAGGCUUAGAACUAUACAACAAGAAGAUGGAUCUAAAUUAGCCACAAGUGAAAAUCGAAUCCGGAAACAAACAGCAAAGAGAUCUAUGAUGAUUGAUUAA